AUGUCAAAAAGGGCAGAUUAUUUAUCUAAAUAUUUAAAUAAUGAAUUAUCUGAUAAACCUAAAAAGAAAAAACAUAAGAAGAAAUCAUCCACCACCCCUGCAACAUCUAUGAAUAUUGUGGUGGAAACUCCUAAACCAUUAGGUGUACCUUCAAUAGAUAAUAAUGAAGAAUAUAAUGAAUUGAAUCAACAAACAAAAGACAAUGAGGUUGAUGUUGAUGAAUUUGCUCCAGUAAAACUAAAAACAACUCAAAAAUCAAAUAAAGGUUUCAAACGAAUAGAUAAUGGAGAUAUAAUAACUACAAAUAAUACUACCACGACUACUCCACCACCAUCAUCAUUAUCUUCUUCUUCAUCAGUAAUAAAGCCUAAUAAGCUACAACCUAAUCAAGAAACUAUAUAUCGUGAUUCAUCCGGACGUAUAAUAAAUGAUAUCAAACAACGACAAGAAGAUUUACAACAACAAAAAUUGCAUGAAGAACAAUUGAAACAAUUUACUGAAAUUAAAACAUCUAAACAAGAUCAAAUAAAUCAAGAACAAGAAAUAUUUAAAGUCAAAAAUGGUCAUGUUGAUAAUCAAUUUGAAGAUCCCAUGACAUCAUUUAUUAAAGAUACCACUACCACCACCAAAAAAGAAUUUGAGGAUGUAUCUAAAUCAAAAUUUGUUUAUAAUAAAGGGAUCAAUAUACCUAAUCGAUUCAAUAUACCUGCUGGAUAUUUUUGGGAUGGAAUAGAUCGUAGUAAUGGUUUUGAACAAAUGUAUCUUCGUAAACAAACUGAAUAUAAUUAUGAUAAAAUUGAUUCAAAAAUUAAUGAAACUUAUGAAAUUGAUAUUGGUGAUGAUUGA